ACAGCAAAUUGUUUUGGUCCUGUCUAACUGAAACCGACGAAAUGACAUCCUCCCGUGGAAUGGAAACGACAGGCUUCCCUGCAGCUGGUUCUGAGGUCUACAAUUCGCUUGAGAACGCAGGUCAUACAGGCAGGCGAACAGAAACGAGUGAACCCAGAUUCAGUGUGACAGCGAAUGUGUUGUGCGCAGCCCUGGUUGCCUUCUACGAAGAUGAAUCUGCAUCGUCCAUGUCCGAAAUACCUUUAUCCAAACAAUCAGAGAUGUGUAAAUCAGUUGGACCAGCAUCCCGCCGUUCCCAUGUCAGUCAGCGAUUGUCGUCGUAUGGGUCGUAUUAUCCGAAUAAACCAUCGGCGACCAAAGAAAGCCUGGACGAUGCGACGGACACUGGCCUUACUCGCUCUUUUUCUUCGCAGUACGAUGUGUCGGUUGAACAGAUGGAAUCGCAGUUUGAGGAAAAUAAAGAGAAUACUACUCCGUCGGAGUCAACGUUAUUCUCGAACGUGCAGAAUAUGGCAACACUUCCUGGACCAUUCAUAUUUUUCUCCCGUUUCGCUGGCUUGAUGCCUUGGCGACAAACGGUGCAAUCUCAGCCGACCGGUAGUCCCUCUCCUCAUCGCUCCACUGCCUCCCAAUCGAACUAUAGUUCAUCACCUACAGAGGGCACUGCUCCAAUGAGGAUUGAUCGGAAUGAUGUUGACACCGGGACAUUGACGCCUUCUGCAUGGGUAUCUCAGUUACGCAGCCAGUUUGCCGAGCUCGCAUCGCCUAGAGACCACAUUUGCUUCGUGGGUGGCUUGUGGCAUAUGGAAGUCUGUUCGCGUUCGGUCACAGCCGACGCGGUGACUGGUGUGCAGAAGCCUUUCUUCUCCAAUGAGCGCUUACGUCAGUCAAACGCGGUGGAAUCCGGUUCCACAACGUGCACUCAGCUGGAUUUCGGUGCUCAUUUGUUUGGUAUAGAACUGUCGGAAUGUUUGUUCCCAGACGAACCGUACUCAGACGUGAACAUAGCUGAGCCCAUAAUGGUCAAACUGCUGGUUUUCCCUGAUCGAGCACGGAGUACUGGAGAUCGAUCAGUUCGUGGUCCUUCAGAAUCAGCAGCAGUAAAAUGCAACGGGCUUUUUCAUCUGGGCCUCACUUUACCAUCCAAUUCAUGUGGUGUACAGUCGAACAGAAACGCUCUAACGAGCACGCCUAUGGACACCUUACAUUUGGACUCAGCCGUUUGUCAUAUCGAUGUGGAUAUCAGUCUUUCAGAUCGAAUGCAUCGAAUUACAGAUGCUUUGGCUGCUGCGUCUGAGGCGGUCGCAAAAUUCUUGCCAGUAGGAUUAGACAUAUCAACUGCCAAGGUACCACGUUGGCAGGAGGAUCUGCACCACGCUGUUGAGCACUACGGAACUGGUUUUGGGCUGGGUACGAAAAACACUACACAAACCGAUUGUUCUCAGUUUCACCAACAUCAUAAAACGGCACCAUCGAUUGAUCUGACUUCGACAAAUGCGCAAACUCAAUAUGAUGCAUCGAGCCAUCGACUACAUUUGGAUGUAAAGUGUGCUGGAUUUGAGUUCUUUCUACGUUUUCCCAUUCCGCUGGAGGCAAUCAGACUGCCUCCUUCACAAAAGAUGUCGGAUCUUCGUAAAACACUAUGGAACUCAGGUACGCCUCUGUGGUUCAGUCGAGCCGAUCUCACGUCCAACUCACCAAAUAUCGCGACAACCGAUGAUCCAACCACUUCUCCGAAUUCCGUCGGUCUAGCCUGGUGGCGUCGCACAUUACGACCAGAGUAUUUGCGGAUCGUGUUGUCGAAGUUCAACUUAGGGUAUCGCACCCCGUUAUCUGAAGGAAGUCAUGGACAGGCUAACCGAGGGGCGCCAUUACAGACACCUACAACUGCCAAAGUCAACCCUUCCAGAGGGACUUUGGAUAAACAGCCAACGGUCGGGUUGAUUGAUAGUGCUAAUGAACCGGAGAUAAAGAUAUCUCUCCGUUCCGUGUCUGUGUACCUUAUCACUCCACACCAAGAGAUCCAAGCGAAUCCGCUACUACAGCUGAGUGGGAGCAAAGGCACAUCUGAUAUCAUUGGUGUUAGCAUUCAUUUUUCACCACUGGGACGUCAGGAGCUAGUAGAGCGUCCAAACGACAAGGCCGAAUUCGCGGCUUAUGGUGGAGAAGCUCACGUGUAUACCUAUGCACAUGAACGUUUUGAAAUGGGUGUGGACCUUGCCUCGAACCCAACCAAUCCUCAACCGCAAGUUCACAAUCCCACCUCCACCCCAAGUGACCAAUCGAUUGCGUGGUCAUUAUGGAAACGGACUGGGCCACAAAAUAACCCUAAUGUGCCAUUUGUCAUCCGGCGCUACUUUUUACAAGACGCACCAAAAGCACACUCUAAGCAGCGCUGUAUGUUCCAUAAGGAUUCUCACCAAACAAUGUCAUAUUGGCCCAUAUUUGUUUGCGAAUUGGUUCAUCCAGGCAACUGUCAGUCAUUCGUCAACGCAAUCAUUCCGUUUGACCGCCCCGUCAUUUUUCCCACACUCUUCAGGCUGAUGUACGAUAUUCUUCUGUGGUCAUCUUUGUUACCAAGUGAUCGUCGCUUUCGAGCAGCCCUAACGCGAAAAACCCUUACAGCCUCGGAAUCACAGGAGUCACGUGAAUACGAUCAUCGCUAUUGGUUUCUCAGUGAUCCUGCUCCAUUGGCUUCUAUCUACGCGCACCCCGAUGCUGCUCGCCAGGCAGCUGCCCUGGAAGAAUCCAGCGCAGCAGUCAAUCUUGGCACCGUGACACACAUACCUGUUGGGCUACACUGCCAUCCGUUGUACAGUGAGGAUGAAGAAGACGAAUAUGGCAAUUCGGAAGAGGCAGAGGAUGAGUUUGAUGCAGGUGUGGAUUCACUGAAAGAGCACAGACGGAAUGUCAACGAGUCGUCAAAAGCUGGUGCACCUCCUAGCAGUCUACGUGCAUCGCACGGCGUAUACGAUACUCACAAAAGCGUUCCUCCUUGUGGUCACACCAAACCCGUCCGUAACCCGUGGACUCAACGCCAUACCCAACAGUGGACAGAAUCGGAUGAACUCGACACAAGUAACUCGGACGGUGCAACCACUGAUAUAAGAAAACAGUCCAGUCUUUGCGCCCAGUUGGAUUUGACUUCAGUUGAAAUUCGUAUCAGCUUGCCGCCGGCUAACGCGGUAAACCCGGUCAGUGAAACGGUCUUAUUGACUGCGUCCGGUGUAACUAUGUUUGCUGAGGUUGGGCACAAUGGGGACCCUAGCGUGAAUUAUGCCACAGUCGAGCUAGGCAAGCUGGAGGCUUUCUUUACAGCUGGCGCACACAACUCGUCCUCGGCGGACGGAUCUUCUGCACUCGGUGAUGCUUCAUCUCCAACUUGGUGGCCCGGACUUGUCCCUUUUUCCUGGCAGUCUGUCGGUUACCCACCUCCACGUCCGUCCAGUUCUGGUGUUGAUCCUACCUCUUCUCCCGCCAGUGGACCAAUGCUUACGCUAGCGGUCGAGCACAAACAGUUGAAACGCAUCCAUGCGAGCUCAGGGUGUCCAAUGUAUCGGGAUGACUUGAACUGCACCCUUCGGCUCCAAAACGCCUGUCUGGUUCACUGGCCACACAUAGACAGCGCCAACCCAACAUCUGACUCGGCUCUACCUGGUUGGCUUGCUCGCCUCAUUCAUGUCUUGGGAACACCCUCGGUACAAGCCAUCUCCGUUUUACUCCCAGGAUACAAACAGCCAGAUACGCUUUUAGUCCAGCACAUCCAUCUGGAAUGUGUUGCUCUCACUUGGGCAACUCCCGAAGACUGUCAGGUUUUUGGGCUACCAUCCGGCCCUAUUCCUCCCUCGGACACACCCUUAAAGUCCAUACGCGCCUUUGUUGCUUGUGAAACAAUCAAUUUUACUGUGAACGCGGCUUCAGAGCCGGAAUCAUUCAACGGCUCCUGGAAUGUUGAUUAUAGCAUUCCUGAGUAACAUUACUAUGUUCCUUUGUCCCAUAUAUCGUAAGCCCCCAUCAACGCUUCAACUAAAUCAGCCCGAGUCUGUACCUUCACAGUUUCUCCGAUGGCUCAACGUCUUGAAAUUAUCUGACUGUGUUUGCGUGGCCGAGUUGGACCAUUUGGAGUUGCGGUGUUUCUGUAGUCCGAUGAGAGUCACACAAAUGAUUAACUCAGAGUCGGUCACCUCCUACUUGACUCGCGUGGAUGUGCGUGUUACUGACAAUCGCUGUUGCCUUCACACAUGCGCGGAUAGCAUCGUGGCCUUGCAACGACUCAUUGAAGUCUUGGCUGUCUCCGGUGCCUCUCCAACAUCAUCCCAAAGCUGUCCAGUGGUAUCAGAAAUAGUACCCGGUGCACACAAUCCCCAGUCCGUUCGAUCCGCAAUGAACAGUCCAAGCCGGUUCCGAGUUCCCUUCUCAGCUCAGUCACGUGGUCCUCUCUACAAAUCUUCUUCAAACACCCAGUUGAUGAGUGGAUCACCCAGUAGCGUAGAAGACCUCUUGCAAGGUGCAAUUUCUGAUGCGGAUUCGCCUCACCGUUCACCAUGUAAACUAUCUUCAAAGACAUCGUCCGUACUAUCGAGACAGGGUUCAAACACGCCAGCGUCCAAAGAGCAUCCAUCGAACGAGAAAACCCUUUCACCCGAACCACGUCCUUGUCGAACCGCCCACUCUCAGGAACAUAAAAGACCCACUCCCUGCCCAAAACCAGUCACAAGGGUGGAGCAUUCGACUGCGCAUCCAAGGCGUAGCCCGGACCUGUAUCCUUCACUACCACCAUCACCUGGGGCAAUUGAGUUUAGUGCUGGUCCACAAUCAGAGGGGUCUUCUGCUGGCUCCAGUCCCAACGAAUUCAUCCUUGUCAAACCUUCUAUGGUACCGCAAAAAUUACCAGCCUCUUCGGCGACAAAGGUUCAGUUCAAGUGUCUCGUACCCAACUCCCAACUGGCAGAGACCGAGGGAACGGCAUCAUUCGAAGUUUGUGAGACGCAUUAUCUUGUGCCUUCAUCUGUCACAUCAGCACCGGGCUCGCGAAAUAAAAUGCAUCGACUGUUUACUGAUCCUCCUUUGGUCUAUCCUCGUGCUCGAUGGGCCCUUACGUUGUACAACUUUUCAAUCGAAUGGAACUUGUUCGGUGGCACAGACAUACUACAUCUGGCUUGCCCAGAGCGCAUGCGUCUGGACUCUCAUCCUGAACAAAUACCGUCGAUGCCAGAACUGGUGCGUCCACCCCGGAAUGACCGACGUGCUUCCGAAUCAGCCCCUGUUCCUCCUAAGACCCCUGGAUCAAGAGGCGCCAGCGCUGGCGGCGAUGGUACAACGAGGCGUGUCCAUCGAUUCCGACACGAUCGUCCUGCAGUAACUAGUCGAGAUCCUAGAAAGCAGGUGCAGCAUACUGUGCCUCCGGUUUCUCAUCCUACUGAACAUAUUCGCAGCCUUCCUCAGACUUCACAUGUUUUGGGUGGUGGUGGACGGAUGCGCGAUUCUUCCAAGUGCAUAUCUAUCAGGUUGCGGAAUGUAUACUUCAGGCAUGCCACAUUUCCGCCCAAGGAACACCGAAUGAAUGUACCUUCCAGUCGAGGUUCUGCUGUGAGUACAUUCAGUGAUCCCGCUAGUCGAUACAUACUCAACGUCGGUUCACUUGUCAUACUGGAUCAGGUAGCAACAUCCCAGAUCAAUCAGCUACUUUACUCCCACAGCAAGUCUGUUGCUGGUACGAAUGUUCCGUACAAUGUGGAUACACCCAUAUUUCGAGCAGCAGUGGUCUGUUGGCGUGUGGCUACCGAACCGAGUCCCAUUCCAGCAUCACCUGUUCACCCUUUGCCGGUCUCUGGAGAGAUCGGCAACCGUCCUCCUCCUACUCGCGAGGAUGUCCAACGUUUCAAUAUGAACACUGACUUGGACGAUCCAAAUGACCUCGAGUUGGAGGCGAAAAUAUCUUGUCAGCCACUGCGAAUAAACCUUGAUCAGAACACUCUACUGUUCCUCUGUGAGUUUCAACAGCUGUUCACCGCUUCUGUACUACCAGACUCCAUUACGCCCAAUCAUACGCACCCAGAAACACAACCUAUACCGGGAACCACAUCAACCGACUAUUCACACAUACGUGCUCCCUUUGGAGCUCAUUCUGGCUCGACGUCGGCAGUGCAGCUACCUCAGCCGUACCAUUCAGGACCGGAUGGAACUCAUAGGUCUGCAUCAAAAGUGUCCUCUUGUCCUAGGAGCGAGGAUGCACCGAGCACUGGUCGACCCGGGAUAUUUAUAAGAAAAGUGACUUUCUACCCGGAUUUGCCAAUACGAUUGGACUACCAUGGUCGACAUCUCGACCUGAGCGGGGGCUCAUUGCGAGGCAUUCUGGGCAUGCUUCUACAACUACACAACGCCGAGAUCAUAAUCCCGCGCCGUGUUUACCAGCGGGGCUACCCAAGUUUGGACAGACUGUUGGAAGAGAUGGUGUCCAACGUACGUUCGGCAAUCACCACUCAAUUACCACAAGUGCUCGCAACAAGUAUCGGACCAAUGCAUGAAGUCACACAAUUCCUAAUGGGGCUCUGGGAUCUUGUGUAUCAACCGGUGCAAAGUUUGUAUCGAGGCUCUAGGGCAAGCUCAGCGUCGCAAUUGGAUCUCCAUCGUGAGUACUGGCACACGACCGAUCUGGACCUCAUUACUUACGACCCCAGUAUGUCCUCACUGUCAAAACAUUCGCUUGAGGUCGGUGGCACAGGUGGUGGUUUUGUUCAUGGAUUGAAACGUGGCACACGGUCAUUUUCUACGAGUACCUUAUGGGCAACGUUACAGCUCAGCAUCCAAGGCGUCCGAGCAGUCCAGUCCCUGGCGGAGACUGCGUACGACCUUGUAACUCCUGGUCCAGCAUUACGUAGCCGACAGCUUCGGCUACGGCGUCCUUCAGAUCUUCGGGAAGGAUUUGGAAAUGCCGUCAACGUAAUGUCGCGCGGCUUCCAGAUGGUUACCGAAGACUUACUCGGAGCGACACGCGCACAGUCCGAGACGGAAUUGGGUUCUAAAGGGCCAGUAGGUAUUGUGGGUGACGUCAUUCGCCAGAUUCCUCCAACGAUUGUCGCUCCACUGGUCACAGGAUGCGAAGUAACCGCGAAUAUUCUGGGUGGUUUUCGAAAUCAACUACGGCCGGGUGCUAAACUGGAAGAUGAGCAGAAGUGGAAGGACAGCCACAGGAUGUGAUCACUUGAGGAAGCCAUGUGAUGUUUUUAACCUCCGUCAUGGGGAUAGAGAGCAGCUUUCCAGCAACAACUUCCUAGGUCAAUCUCUUAUUUGGUGACCGUCAAACAUAUGGCACUUUCGUGCUGUUUGAUCCUCUCUGUCUUUCGUUUCUUUUUCACAAAGGACACUGUUUAUUUCCCAGUCGAUCACUUGUUUUCUACUACUCGCACGCACCAGUUUUUUCAUCCGUCGGAAUUGUUUGUAACCAUAGAAACCGGAUCGUCAACAUCUAUGACCAACAGCUAGUCACCAACGCUCUUUUCGACCCAUUGUAUCCAUACUCAUGCCUUCACAAGAUUCGCCUCGUCCAUACAUUUACUCCUGACUUCUCUCGAUUACCUGACAAGACAAAACCGUCAGUACUUCACUCUUCUGAUUUACG